UCGCCUCGGUUCUUCGCCGGCUUCAUCAACCUUGAUGGAGCUACACGUGAAAAAAAAAACAUUUGUCCUAAACUGAGCUGUUUCACAUCAACACAGCAGAUCAGUCAUGGCCAAAUAUCUGGCUCAGGUCGUUGUGAUGGGGGCUCAGGUGGUCGGACGAGCUUUUGCAAGAGCUUUACGUCAAGAAUUUGCAGCCAGUCAGGCGGCUGCUGAGGCUCGGGGUCGAGCGGGCAGACAGUCUGCGGCUGCGUCUAGUUUCACAGGAAUGACUUUACAAGAAGCCCAACAGAUACUGAACAUCUCCACAUUAACACCAGAGGAGAUUCAGAAGAAUUAUGAGCAUUUAUUUAAAGUCAAUGACAAAACUGCUGGCGGUUCUUUCUAUAUACAGUCAAAGGUGGUACGGGCUAAAGAGCGUCUGGAUGAAGAACUCUCCAUUCAACAGCAGCACCAAACCAAACCUCCAGACCAGCAGCAGGAGACGUGAGCUCCAUCCUCACACACCUCCACUGUAAUUAUGACCCAGACUUCCAAUAAAACUUGAUCUUUUUGUACAUUAAAAAUGUCAAUCAUUUUUUUAUUCAUCCGUCAGAGUGCAGGAGUAUUUUCUGGACAUUACAUUGCAAGGUAAUUCAUAUCAAUGUUCUCGAGUUCUAGAAUUGUUGAACUUAAAAGAGUUAAAAAUGUACACGACCAUUCAAAAGU